UCUAUGGCUCUCAGCUUGCACGGAUGGGCAGAGGCAUGUCUUUGCCUAAUUUAGUGGAGCCAAAAAUUUAUCCAUAUGAAAUGCUCGCAGUUACCAACAGGAGUCGAGUGAAACUUCCCAGGGACAUAGACAGGACAAACCUUGAGCGGCAUCUGUCACCUGAUUCAUUCUUUGACAUUUUUGGCAUGGAGCUCCACGAAUUUGACCGACUUCCUCUUUGGAAACGCAAUGAAAUGAAGAAAAAAGUGGAUCUUUUCUAAAUACUGCCUUCCUUACGUUGCUUGUGGAUGAGAUGCGUUAUAUGUGACGUUCCGAUAACCUGAAAAGUGUCACCAACCACCGCGUUUAUUCAUGUGUGCUUUCAACUUUAUCUCUGACCUUAUUGUACACUUAUCACGGUGUAUGUACCUCAAAGCACAAACGAACACAGUAAUACAGACGCUUAGAGUAUAACUUUGGUAUUAGAGUUUGUUCAUUUUGACAAUUCAACAUGUUUUCAUUUCUGUAAAAGACAAGUUUCUUCUUAAAUGUGUAUUCUAAGGACAAAGCAAAAAAUAAUCCAGUAUUACUAUGUAUUCCAGAUUAUAGUUGUUUACUAUCAUUAUAUUUUUGUAAUGUAGCCAUGUAUUCUUUUAUUUGGGCUUGGGCUAAGUAAAAUGAUAAUUUAAGAUGCUUUAAUGAGGAGAGUAUGAAGGUUUUUACAUGUGUUAUGUUAGGUAAGACAAUAUUUCACUGCUCUGAGUAUGGUGUUUUACCCUAUAAGCACAGUCUCUCAAAUCCCAACCCACUACCUUUAUAAAAACAAACAAACAAACAAACAAAAAAACAGCUUCACUUCUUUGCCAUGUUGAAUUUUAAUGACGGAAUAAACCCACAGUAUGACUUCAAUUAUUU